UUUUCGUAAUUUCUUGGGCGACGAAAGACCAUUUUCUUUGGAUAUUGAAGGCUACAGAUCACGGAUUCGGCCUAAGGCUAUUCUCCAACGAUGAUUGAGUCCAUUAAGGACCGAUUUGGGCGGAUUUAUUCCAGGGUCAAUUUUUGGCAGAUUCCAAAGGGGUACCGUCACAGAUUUAGGGCGAUUUAUCCGAAAUGCCAUUUUCUUUCGAUUCUGGAGGCUAAAGAUCACGGAAUCAGGACGAGGCUAUUCUCCACCAAUAAUGAAUUCUAUUGAUCCUUUUCUCCACGGAUGAUAAGUCCGCUAAGCAUCGAUUUGGGCCAAUUUAUUUUUGAAUGGCAUUUUCGUAAUCUCUUGGGCGACGAAAGGCCAUUUUCUCUGGAUAUUGAAGGCUACAGAUCACGGAUUCGGCCCGAGGCUAUCCUCCAAUGAUGAUUGAGUCCAUUAAGCAUCGAUUUGGGAGGAUUUAUUCCGGGUCAAUUUUUGGCAGAUUCCAAAGGGGUACCAUCACAGAUUUCGGGCGAUUUAUCCGAAAUGCCAUUUUCUUUCGGUUCUGAAGGCUACUGAUCGCGGAAUCAGGAAGAGGCUAUUCUCCACCAUAAUGAAGUCUAUUGAUUAUAUUCUCCACGGAUGAUAAGUCCGUUAAGCAUCGAUUUGGGCCAAUAUAUUUUUGAAUGGCAUUUUCGUAAUUUCUUGGGCGACGAAAGGCCAUUUUCUUUGGAUAUUGAAGGCUACAGAUCACGGAUUCGGCCUGAAGCUAUUCUCCAAUGAUGAUUGGGUCCAUUAAGCACCGAUUUGGGCGGAUUUAUUCCGGUUCAAUUUUAGGCAGAUUCCAAAGUGGUACCAUCACUUAUUCUGGGCGAUUUAUCCGAAAUGCCAUAUUCUUUCGAUUCUGGAGGCUACAGAUCACGGAAUUAGGCCGAGGCUAUUCUCCACCGAUAAUGAAGUCUAUUGAUCCUAUUCUCCACGGAUGAUAAGUCCGUUAAGCAUCGAUUUGGGCCAAUUUAUUUUCGAACGACAUUUUCGUAAUUUCUUGGGCGACGAAAGGCCAUUUUCUUUAGAUAUUAAAGGCUACAGAUCACGGAUUCGGCCUAAGGCUAUUCUCCAACGAUGAUUGAGUCCAUUAAGGACCGAUUUGGGCAGAUUUAUUCCAGGGUCAAUAUUUGGCAGAUUCCAAAGGGGUACCGUCACAGAUUUCGGGCGAUUUAUCCGAAAUGCCAUUUUCUUUCGAUUCUGGAGGCUAAAGAUCACGGAAUCAGGACGAGGCUAUUCUCCACCGAUAAUGAAUUCUAUUGAUCCUAUUCUCCACGGAUAAUAAGUCCUCUAAGAAUCGAUUUGGGCCAAUUUAUUUUUGAAUGGCAUUUUCGUAAUUUCUUGGUCGACGAAAUGCCACUUUCUUUGGAUAUUGAAGGAUACAGAUCACGGAUUCGGCCUGAGGCUAUCCUCCAAUGAUGAUUGAGUCCAUUAAGCAUCGAUUUGGGCGGAUUUAUUCCGGGUCAAUUUUUGGCAGAUUCCAAAGGGGUACCAUCACAGAUUUCAGGCGAUUUAUCCGAAAUGCCAUUUUCUUUCGAUUCUGAAGGCUACUGAUCGCGGAAUCAGGACGAGGCUAUUCUCCACCGAUAAUGAAGUCUAUUGAUCAUAUUCUCCACGGAUGAUAAGUCCGUUAAGCAUCGAUUUGGGCCAAUUUAUUUUCGAACGACAUUUUCGUAAUUUCUUGGGCGACGAAAGGCCAUUUUCUUUGGAUAUUGAAGGCUACAGAUCACGAAUUCGGCUUAAGGUUUUUCUCCAACGAUGAUUGAGUCCAUUAAGGACCGAUUUGGGCGGAUUUAUUCCAGGGUCAAUUUUUGCCAGAUUCCAAAGGGGUAUCAUCACGGAUUUUGGGCGAUUUAUCCGAAAUGCCAUUUUCUUUCGAUUCUGGAGGUUAAAGAUCAUGGAAUCAGGACGAGGCUAUUCUCCACCGAUAAUGAAGUCUAUUGAUCCUAUUAUCCAUGGAUGAUAAGUCCGCUAAGCAUCGAUUUGGUCCAAUUUAUUUUUGAAUAGCAUUUUCGUAAUUUCUUGGGCGACGAAAGGCAAUUUUCUUUGGAUAUUGAAGGCUACAUAUCACGGAUUCGGCCCGAGGCUAUCCUCCAAUGAUGAUUGAGUCCAUUAAGCACCGAUUUGGGCGGAUUUAUUCCGGGUCAAUUUUUGGCAGAUUCCAAAGGGGUACCAUCACAGAUUUCGGGAGAUUUAUCCGAAAUUCAAUAUUCUUUCGAUAAUGAAGUCUAUUGAUCCAAUUCUCAACGGAUGAUAAGUCCGUUAAGCAUCGAUUUGGGACAUUUAAAUUUCGAAUGGCAUUUUCGUAAUUUCUUGGGCGACGAAAGGCCAUUUUCUGUGGAUAUUGAAGGCGAAAGAUCCCGGAUUUUGCCUGAGGCUAUUCUCCAACGAUGACUGUGUCCAUUAAGCACCCAUUUGGGCGGAUUUAUUCCUGGUCAAAUUUUGGCAGAUUCCAAAGGGGUACCAUCACAGAUUUCGGACGAAUUGUCAUUUUCUUUCGAUUCUUGAGACUGCAGAUCACGGAAUCAGGCCGAGGCUAUUCUCCAACGAUAAUGAAGUCUAUUGAUCCUAUUCUCCACGGAUGAUAAGUCCGUUAAGCAUCGAUUUCGUCCAAUUUAUUUUCGAAUGGCAUUUUUCGUAAUUUCUUGAGCGACGAAAGGCCAUUUUCUUCGGAUAUUAAAGGCUACAGAUCACGGAUUUGGCCUGAGGCUAUUCUCCAACGAUGAUUGAGUCCAUUAAGCACCGAUUUGGGCGGAUUUAUUCUGGGGCAAUUUUUGGCAUAUUCCAAAGGGGUACCAUCACUGAUUUCCGGCGAUUUAUCCAAAAUGCCAUUUUCUUUCGAUUCUGGAGGCUACAGAUCAUGAAAUCAGGCCGAGGCUAUUCUCCACCGAUAAUGAAGUCUAUUGAUCCUAAUCUCCACUGAUGAUAAGUCCGUUAAGCAUCGAUUUGGGCCAAUUUAUUUUCGAAUGACAUUCUCGUAAUUUCUUGGGCGACGAAAGGCGAUUUUCUUUGGAUAUUGAAGGCUACAGAUCAUGGAUUCGGCAUGAGGCUAUUCUCCAACGAUGAUUAUGUCCAUUAAGCACCGAUUUGGGCGGAUUUAUUCUGGGUCAAUUUUUGCCAGAUUCCAAAGAGGUACCAUCACAGAUUUCAAGCGAUUUAUCCGAAAUGCCAUUUUCUUUCGAUUCUGGAGGCUACAUAUCACGGAAUCAGGCCGAGGCUAUUCUCCACCGAUAAUGAAGUCUAUUGAUCCUAUUCUUCAAGGAUGAUAAGUCAGUAAAGCAUCGAUUUGUUCCAAAAAAAAUUUGAAUGGCAUUUUCGUAAUUUCUUGGGCGACAAAAGGCCAUUUUCUUUGGAUAUUGAAGGCUACAGAUCACGGAUUUGGCCUGAGGCUAUUCUCAAACGAUGAUUGAGUCCAUUAAGCACCGAUUUGGGUGGAUUUAUUCCGUGUCAAUUUUUGGCAGAUUCCAAAGGGGUACCAUCACAGAUUUCGGGCAAUUUAUCCGAAAUGCCAUUUUCUUUCGAUUCUGGAGGCUACAGAUCACGGAAUCAGGCCGAGGCUAUUCUCCACCGAUAAUGAAGUCUAUUGAUCCUAUUGUCCACGGAUGAUAAGUCCGUUAAGCAUCGAUUUGGGCCAAUUUAUUUUCGAAUGGCAUUUUCGUAAUUUCUUGGGCGACAAAAGGCCAUUUUCUUUGGAUAUUGAAGGCUACAGAUCACGGAUUUGGCCUGAGGCUAUUCUCAAACGAUGAUUGAGUCCAUUAAGCACCGAUUUGGGUGGAUUUAUUCCGUGUCAAUUUUUGGCAGAUUCCAAAGGGGUACCAUCACAGAUUUCGGGCAAUUUAUCCGAAAUGCCAUUUUCUUUCGAUUCUGGAGGCUACAGAUCACGGAAUCAGGCCGAGGCUAUUCUCCACCGAUAAUGAAGUCUAUUGAUCCUAUUGUCCACGGAUGAUAAGUCCGUUAAGCAUCGAUUUGGGCCAAUUUAUUUUCGAAUGGCAUUUUCGUAAUAUCUUGGGCGACGAAAGGCCAUUUUCUUUGGAUAUUGAACGCUACAGAUCACGGAUUCGGCGGGAGGCUAUUUUCCAUCGAUGAUUGAAUCCAUUAAGCACCGAUUUGGGCGGAUUUAUUCCGGGGCAAUUUUUCGCAGAUUCCAAAGGGGUAUCAUCACAGAUUUCGGGCGAUUUAUCCCAAAUGCCAUUUUCUUUCGAUUCUGGAGGCUACAUAUAAUGGAAUCAGGCCGAGACUAUUCUCCACCGAUAAUUAAGUCUAUUGAUCCUAUUCUCCACGGAUGAUAAGUUUGCUAUGCAUCGAUUUGGGCCAAUUUAUUUUCGAAUGUCAUUUUCGCAAUUUCUUGGGCGACGAAAGGCCAUUUUCUUUGGAUAUUGAAGGCUACAGAUCACGGAUUCGGCGGGAGGCUAUUCUCCAACGAUGAUUGAAUCCAUUAAGCACCGAUUUGGGCGGAUUUAUUCCGGGGCAAUUUUUGGCAGAUUCCAAAGGAGUACCAUCACAUGUUUCGCGCGAUUUAUCCGAAAUACCAUUUUCUUUUGAUUCUGGAGGCUACAGAUCACGGAAUCAGGCCGAGGAUAUUCUCCACCGAUAAUGAAGUCUAUUGAUCCUAUUUGCCACGGAUGAUAAGUUCGUUAAGCAUAGAUUUGGGCCAAUUUAUUUUCGAAUGGCAUUUUAGUAAUUUCUUGGGCGACGAAAGGCUAUUUUCUUUGGAUAUUGAAGGCUACAGAUCAUGAAUUCAGCUUGAGGCUAUUCUCCAACGAUGAUUGAGUCCAUUAAGCACCGAUAUGGGCGGAUUUAUUCCGGGUCAAUUUUUGGCAGAUUCCAAAGGGGUACCAUCACAUGUUUCGCGCGAUUUAUCCGAAAUACCAUUUUCUUUUGAUUCUGGAGGCUACAGAUCACGGAAUCAGGCCGAGGCUAUUCUCCACCGAUAAUGAAGUCUAUUGAUCCUAUUCCCCACGGAUGAUAAGUUCGUUAAGCAUAGAUUUGGGCCAAUUUAUUUUCGAAUGGCAUUUUAGUAAUUUAUUGGGCGACGAAAGGCCAUUUUCUUUGGAUAUUGAAGGCUACAGAUCAUGGAUUCCGCCUGAGGCUAUUCUCCAACGAUGAUUGAGUCCAUUAAGCACCGAUUUGGGCGGAUUUAUUCCGGGUCAAUUUUUGGCAGAUUCCAAAGGGGUACCAUCACAUGUUUCGCGCGAUUUAUCCGAAAUACCAUUUUCUUUAGAUUCUGGAGGCUACAGAUCACGGAAUCAGGCCGAGGCUAUUCUCCACCGAUAAUGAAGUCUAUUGAUCCUAUUCCCCACGGAUGAUAAGUUCGUUAAGCAUAGAUUUGCGCCAAUUUAUUUUCGAAUGGCAUUUUAGUAAUUUCUUGUGCGACGAAAGGCCAUUUUCUUUGGAUAUUGAAGGCUACAGAUCACGGAUUCCGCCUGAGGCUAUUCCCCAACGAUGAUUGAGUCCAUUAAGCACCGAUUUGGGCGGAUUUAUUCCGGGUCAAUUUUUGGCAGAUUCCAAAGGGGUACCAUCACAUGUUUCGCGCGAUUUAUCUGAAAUACCAUUUUCUUUCGAUUCUGGAGGCUACAGAUCACGGAAUCAGGACGAGGCUGUUCUACACCAAUAAUGAAGUCUAUUGAUCCUA